GAGAAGAAGGAGAUACGCGUGUCAAACUAGUGGCCAGCCACCAGCACCGGCCAAGCGACUAAAAGAUCCAAGUUCACCAUUUUCACGUUAAGCCCAUCUCCAACUAUACCUCCAAUGGCUGUCCUGAACUACAUUUCAGUGACCUCAACGGCAGCGCCCAUUUCCCAAGACUCCUCAACAACACCGCCGCAAAUUCCAAACCCAAGACAGACCAAAGUGAUACUGCCCAAAAAGAAGCCUUUGAAAUGGUCCACUGGAGUGGCACCUGGGGAUUACGGAGGUCCACCCACCACCUCCGGCCUCCGGAAGUACUGGGGAGGUGAAAAAGAAGACCCUUUAACCUCUGAUGAUUUUAUUUGGAACAAAGACUUCAUGAGUCGUAUGGCAAGAUUGGUUCAGGAGUCUGACGUGUCCUCUCUUGAACCAGCUCCUGUUAAGGAAGAGUCUUCUGGAUUUCUAAGUCUAAACAGAGUCAUGAGUUUGGAUAACUUGGAAGUUGAUUUGAGUAAAGAGCUUACACAAACUCCAAAACCGAUAUCAGAAGUGCCAAUUGAGGCUGCAACCAGGGGCAGUAUUGGCAAAUCUACAAAAUGGAGACUGGUACCAACACGCAGGGAGCAGGAAAAGUGGGAUAAAGCAACUAAGGCUGCAACUGGGGGAAGUGAUGUGAUGUUGAGGGAAGCAAGGAGGCCUCAAGGUGAUCCUGAAUUACUGGCUGCUCAAUCAAGAGAGCAGUAUUUCAAGUUGAAGAAGAAGUUGCAGAUUCUUACCUUGGGUAUAGGUGGUGUUGGAUUGGUCUCAGCGUAUAUCACUUAUUCUCCGGAAAUUGCUGCUAGUUUUGGUGCUGGAUUGAUUGGAUCUUUAGUGUAUAUACGUAUGCUUGGGAGUAGUGUUGAUUCCAUGGCAGAUGGAGCCAAGGGCCUCAUCAAGGGGGCCAUUGGACAGCCAAGAUUGCUGGUUCCUGUUAUAUUAGUCAUGAUUUAUAACCGGUGGAAUGGGAUCAUUGUUCCUGAUUAUGGGUUUAUGCACCUGGAAUUGAUACCAAUGCUUGUGGGAUUUUUCACUUAUAAGAUUGCAACUUUUGCUCAAGCUAUAGAGGAUGCACUUACUGUGAGUUUGAAAAGACAAGUUUAAGAUGGAACUUGAUCCAUAUGACUGUAGACCUAUAUAGCCAAUGCUAUAUGUUGGAAUAGAGGUAAAUAUUAUAUGAUUUUAUGUAUUUAUUUACAUUUUUUAUAUGGAUCAGACCAAUAUAAUAAAAAAAUGUAAAAGCUUAAUUAUUUUUAUUUA